UGUUUUGUUGUUGUUGUUGCUUGCUUUUUGGGACAAGAUCUCACUCUGUAGCCCAGGUUGGAGUGCAGUGUCCCAUCAUAGCUCACUGCAGCCUUGACGUCCUGAGCUCAAGCAAUCCUCCCACCUCAGCUUCCGGGAUAGCUGAGACCACAGGCACAAGCCACCAUGCCCAGCUUAUUCUUUUUGGAGAUAUGGGGUCCCACUAUGUUGCCCAGGCUGGCCUCCAACUCCUGAGCUCAAGCGAUCCUCUCCUGCCUUGGCUUCCCAAAGUGCUGGGAUCACAGGCGUGAGCCACUGUGCAGGCCUUAUAUGAUCUUAAGCCUCUUCAUAUCCUGAACUAAAUGUAACUUUCCAGUUUCGGCACUUGUUCUGGCACUUUUCCUCCCUCGCUAGAUAAUACUAAUCUUUAAUCAUGUAGUUUGUUUCCAUGCCCAUACUACCCUAUCUGCUUAUAGUGUCUUCCACUUCGCCCAAGAAAUCCUACUCAGCUAGCUUGUGUUGUUUUGAGACACUCUCGUUCUGUCGCCCACGCUGGAGUACAGUGGCGAGAUCUCGGUUCGUUGCAACCUCUUCCUCCCGGGUUCAAGCGAUUCUCGGCCCUACUCAGCCUUUAAAACCGGAAUCACGGGUCAAAACUUUCUGGUAAACCACGAGACGGUUUAGGUUAUGAAAUUCAAUGCCCCCUUCCUCUGAAGUCCUGCAAAUCUCCAGUAAAGCACCACAGAUUGACGAAUAUUCCAGCCAUUUCCCUCUCCCCUCCGAUAGCUCCAUUUCUCACUUCUAUCCAUCUUCUCGAGCUUCCUCAGCUCCUCCACCUCCAUGAGGCCUGGAAAGCACCUGGUUCCAGGAAUGUGAGUCGGAGGCUCAGAGCUACCAGCGCCAAAAGCUGACGUUCAGAUACUGCUGAAACAAACCACAAGAGUGCUAAGGCUCCAGGUAAUAGUCCGGCUCCAGGUAAUAGUCCAGCUGGGAUGACGGUAGGAACUCGCAGGCCCGCCGGCGGUGCAUGCCGGGAGAUACAGUCCCGGGCCGACGCAUUACCUCUUGGGAGUUGUAGUCUUAGAUCUGGUAAACAGACCACAGCAACUCUGAUGUCUUCCCCCACCGUCCCCCGAAAACCCUCGCCCCACCCGCGAGGGACUAGGGUAAGAGUAGGGGCGUUGCCGUGGUUGGCCUAGAACUCCCAGGCUCAGACGAUCCUCUCGCCUCGGCCUCCCGAGUUAGCUGGGACUACGCGCGUGAGCCACCGCGCCCGGCAUAAAGUCUGAAUUAGUCCUUACGCAAAAAGGGAAGAGGGCAGUCCGUAACCUCGCGCAGGAUCAAGCUCUCGAGUUCCAGUCUUGGGCUAGCGCGGAGGGUGGAAGGGGCAAGAAGGCGGAUCCGGAAGGCAGAGAUACGUUACGCCGACGCGUGCGUGACCCUGGGCGAGAGGGUUUGGCGCGAAUUCUGAAAGCCGCCGUCGGAGCGCGCCCAGCGACCAGAGACCGACCCUUAAGGAGAGCGCGGCGCUUCCCGAGGCGUGCAGCUGGGAGCUGAAACUCGUCUGGGUUGUGCGCAGAAGGCUGGGGCAAGCGAGUAGACUUGAAGUGGGGCGUAAGCCAGGGGCGUUGGGGUCCGCGCGGGUCAGGCGCGUGUCACCCCCGCAGGGUGAAGUCGGAGCGCGCGGCCCGUUGGAAAGAGCAGCGCUGAGGGCCAAGUAAUGGCAAUGCAGAUGCAGCUUGAAGCAAAUGCAGAUACUUCAGUGGAAGAAGAAAGCUUUGGCCCACAACCCAUUUCACGGUUAGAGCAGUGUGGCAUAAAUGCCAACGAUGUGAAGAAAUUGGAAGAAGCUGGAUUCCAUACUGUGGAGGCUGUUGCCUAUGCACCAAAGAAGGAGCUAAUAAAUAUUAAGGGAAUUAGUGAAGCCAAAGCUGAUAAAAUUCUGGCUGAGGCAGCUAAAUUAGUUCCAAUGGGUUUCACCACUGCAACUGAAUUCCACCAAAGGCGGUCAGAGAUCAUACAGAUUACUACUGGCUCCAAAGAGCUUGACAAACUACUUCAAGGUGGAAUUGAGACUGGAUCUAUCACAGAAAUGUUUGGAGAAUUCCGAACUGGGAAGACCCAGAUCUGUCAUACACUAGCUGUCACCUGCCAGCUUCCCAUUGACCGGGGUGGAGGUGAAGGAAAGGCCAUGUACAUUGACACCGAGGGUACCUUUAGGCCAGAACGACUGCUGGCAGUGGCUGAGAGGUAUGGUCUGUCUGGCAGUGAUGUCCUGGAUAAUGUAGCAUAUGCUCGAGCGUUCAACACAGACCAUCAGACCCAGCUCCUUUAUCAAGCAUCAGCCAUGAUGGUAGAAUCUAGGUAUGCACUGCUUAUUGUAGACAGUGCCACCGCCCUUUACAGAACAGACUACUCGGGUCGAGGUGAGCUUUCAGCCAGGCAGAUGCACUUGGCCAGGUUUCUGCGGAUGCUUCUGCGACUUGCUGAUGAGUUUGGUGUAGCAGUGGUAAUCACUAAUCAGGUGGUAGCCCAAGUGGAUGGAGCAGCCAUGUUUGCUGCUGAUCCCAAAAAACCUAUUGGAGGAAAUAUCAUCGCCCAUGCAUCAACAACCAGAUUGUAUCUGAGGAAAGGAAGAGGGGAAACCAGAAUCUGCAAAAUCUACGACUCCCCCUGUCUUCCUGAAGCUGAAGCUAUGUUUGCCAUCAAUGCAGAUGGAGUGGGAGAUGCCAAAGACUGAAUCAUUGGGUUUUUCUCUGUUAAAAACCUUAAGUGCUGCAGCCUAAUGAGAGUGUACUGCUCCCUGGGGUUCUCCACAGGCCUCUUCCUGUUGUGACUACCAGGAAAAGGCUUCCGGGAAAACAGCUAUUGUAUCAGUUUUUCUGAUGGUGUAAACAGGACACAGGUCAGUAAUCACAAACUAAUCUAAAAUGUUUAUUCCUUCUGUAGUGUAUUAAUCUCUGUGUGUUUUCUUUGGUUUUGGAGGAGGGGUAUGAAGUAUCUUUGACAUGGUGCCUUGGGAAUGACUUGGGUUUAACAAGCUGUGUACUGGACAAUCUUAGUUUCCAAGAGAACUAAAGCUGGAGAGACGUGACCCUUCUCUCACUUCUGAAUUAAUGGUAAAAUAAAAUGCCUGAGCUAUGUAGCAAAGGGAAUGGGUCUCUGCACAGAUUCUUUUUUUCUGUCAGUAAAACUCUCAAGCAGGUUUUUAAGUUGUCUAUCUGAAUGAUCUUGUGUAAGGUUUUGGUUAUGGAGUCUUGUGCCAAGCCUACUGGGCCAUUAGCCCUUCACCGUCUGCCUGUUUGGUCUUUUAUUGCUAAGACUAACUCAAGAUAAUUCUAGAGUCUUAAGCAUUUCAGGCCAGGUGUGGUGUCUUGUGCCUGUAAUCCCAACAUUUUGGGAGGCCGAGGUGGUGGAUCGCUUGAGCCCAGGAGUUUUAAGUCCAGCCUGGCCAACAUGGCGAAACCCCAUCACUACAAAAAUGCCAAACUUAGCUGGACAUGCUGUGGCCCGUGCCUAUAGUCCCAGCUACUCGAUAGCCUGAGGUGGGAGGAUCACUUAAGCCUGGAAGGUGGAGGUUGCAGUGAGUUGAGAUUGUACCACUGUACUCCAGCCUGGGCGACAGAAUGAGACCAUGUUUCAAACAAAAAAGAAAGCAAUCAUUUCAGAGGCUAAGUAAACAGAUUUGAUUGUGAGGCUUCUAAUAAAGUAGUUAUUAGUAGUGAA